CAAAGAAUAAAACAAAAAUAGAAGGUUGCUGAGUUACAACUUACAAGUGAUCCAGUCGAGAAGAGAGAAGUGGGUGUUUGGUCUCGAUGGCAAUGGCUGAGAAUGGUGGAGUUGUCUGCAAAUGCUCACCCAGAAGGAGCUUCCGCUUCCGCUUCAGACAACCCAAUCUCCGAAACGUUUCCAGCAUUCCUCUCUUCAAACACGCCCUCUUCACUCGCUCCCCAUCUCUCGCCGGAAAAGCUUCUACCAUACUCAGCAUGAGUGCACAAAAGAAACCGAGGCCUUCGAUACUGUCGUCUUCGAGACAUAAGAGAAUUCCCAUUUAUGUGAUGAUGCCUGUUGAUGCAUUCUGCAUAGAUGGUUCUGGGAUUCCAAGGAUUAGGAGAGUCAAGGCCUUGACAGUAUCUUUGAAAGCGCUCAAGCUGGCAGGUGUCCAUGGAGUUGCAGUUGAGGUUUGGUGGGGAGUCGUAGAACGUUUCUCUCCCCUUGCAUAUGACUGGUCUCUAUAUGAACAGCUAUUUAAGCUGAUUUCUGAGUCAGGGUUGAAGGUGCAUGUUGCCUUGUCUUUUCACUCAAAUGUAAACUCUUCUUCUAGCAGAUAUGUGGGUGUAAGUCUUCCACUUUGGAUCAUGCAGAUUGGUGCUAGCAAUAAGCAUAUAUUCUAUCGAGACAAAAAUGGGUUUUCAAGUGAUGAUUAUCUUACGCUAGGGGUUGAUCACCUUCCUCUGUUUUGUGGCCGGACUGCCCUUCAAUGUUAUGAAGAUUUUAUGACCAGCUUUGUUAAGAAAUUUGAAUCCCAUAUUGGAAGUGUGAUAGAGGAAAUUUGUGUCGGUCUUGGUCCUUCUGGCGAACUUAGGUAUCCUGCACACUUUGGUGAUGGUAAAUGGAAGUUCCCUGGAAUUGGCGAGUUCCAGUGCUAUGACCAGUACAUGCUGGACAACCUAAAGAUGGCCGCAUGUGAGGAAGGGAAGCCUCAAUGGGGAGAAAGGGGACCACCAAAUGCAGGCUGUUAUAAUAGUAUGCCAUCUGGAGUUCCUUUCUUUGAAGAGGGAGAGGAAAACUUUCUUUCUGAUUAUGGGUGCUUUUUCCUUGAAUGGUAUAGUGGUUGUUUGCUUGGUCAUGCAGAUGCUAUUCUUGCAAAGGCAGCCAAAAUUUUGAAAAAGUAUCAAGAAGACAAGCAAGCUUCUAUUCUGUUAGUGGCUAAAAUUGGUGGAAUAUAUUGGUGGUACCAGACAGUAGCACACCCUGCUGAACUCACAGCUGGAUACUACAACACUGCUCUUAGGGAUGGUUAUGAUCCUGUUGCUUCACUUUUGUCUCGUCAUGGAGCUGCUUUGCAUGUUUCCUGCUUGGAGAUGAUGGACAGUGAAUCACCAGCAUCCUAUCUUUGCAGCCCAGAAGGAUUACGGCAACAGAUAUGGAGUGCUUCAAAGAAAAGGAUAAUACAUUUGACUGGAAGAAACACCAAUGAACGAUGUGACAAGGUUAGUUUAUGGCAAAUACAUGCCAACUGUUACCAUUCACAGGCGGAAGCUGUAAGAUCAUUUACUUAUUUCAGGAUGAAUGAUAAGAUCUUUAGGGCCGAAAACUGGAGUAACUUUGUUCCUUUUGUUAGAAAGAUGAGCACAAGUUGGUGAGGCACCUGAUAAAACCUGAUUUAACCACUAAAUUGUACUGAACGAUCUUCAGUAACAGUCUCACUCAUGAUACUUGAUCCUUUUUGUUUUGUUUCAUUUUGGUUUUGUUUUUUGUUUUGUAAAGGGGCAGAACAGCUUUGAGUAUAGUGACUGAAAAUUCUUCUAGAUCUCGUGUACUUGGG